AGUACCGAACUAAAGUGCCAUAAAAUAAAUGGCCAAAUUUAUUUCUACUCCAUUCUCAAUCUUACCCUCCCGUUACCCAAUUUUAUCCUUGCUUUACAUUUCUCCAUUUAUUACCCGGAUUCGCCGGAAGCGGCCUCCCAUCAUCGCCGGCUCUCACCGUCCCACGCGACAGAAGCCACCAUUUCCGGACAUGUCUGUCUCGGUUCCGAUUCCCGGUUCUCACCGGCGAGAGAUCGAUGCCGAACCGUUGUUAGAUUCUCGAAAUCGUGCAGGGAAGGGGGAUGUGCUGACAUCAGAUUUGGAACAAGAUAGAAGUGCAUCCAGUAAAAGUGGCCUUCGCAAAAAAAAAUACUCUAUGAGCUCCAUCAGCUGCUUUGGAGUUGACCUUACACCUGAUAACAUUGCAGUGGCUAUGGUAUAUUUUGUUCAGGGUGUCUUAGGACUUUCCAGACUUGCUGUCAGCUUUUACUUGAAAGAUGACCUGCAUCUAGACCCUGCAGAGACAGCAGUUAUAUCUGGAUUCUCAUCAUUACCGUGGCUUGUAAAACCAUUGUAUGGGUUUAUCAGCGAUUCUUUCCCUCUUUUUGGAUACCGGAGAAGAUCAUACCUGGUUUUAUCAGGGCUUCUUGGAGCGCUCUCAUGGACAUUGAUGUCCACCUUUGUUGACAGCAAGUAUAGUGCCGCCUUCUGCAUUCUUCUUGGAUCUCUUUCUGUUGCUUUCUCAGAUGUUGUUGUAGAUUCAAUGGUUGUUGAGAGGGCACGAGGUGAAUCUCAAAGCAUGUCAGGAUCUCUUCAGUCAUUAUGUUGGGGUUCUUCAGCCUUUGGAGGAAUCGUUAGUGCCUACUUUAGUGGUUCCCUGGUGGAUGCUUAUGGCGUGCGGUUUGUUUUUGGGGCAACAGCAUUGUUACCGUUAAUAACUUCUGCAGUGUCUGUUCUUGUAAAUGAGCAGCCUGUGCAUGGUCCAGGAAGGGGUCAGAAUCUUUCUUCAGACAUUAGCUUCUUUGAGAGCUCAAAGAAUAGCAUUUUUCAGCUAUGGGGAGCUGUUAAAGAGCCCAAUGUUUUUCUCCCCACUCUAUUUAUAUUCCUAUGGCAGGCGACUCCACAAUCUGAUUCUGCUAUGUUUUAUUUCACAACAAAUGAACUUGGUUUCACUCCAGAAUUCCUUGGACGUGUUAAACUUGUCACUUCAGUUGCAUCACUUCUUGGUGUUGGGUUGUACAAUGGUUUCUUAAAGAACGUUCCCCUAAGAAAGAUAUUCCUUGCAACAACAAUUAUUGGCUCGGCUCUUGGGAUGACCCAGGUACUCCUUGUAACUGGAUUGAACCGGCAGUUUGGCAUAAGUGAUGAGUGGUUUGCAAUAGGAGAUUCAUUGAUUAUUACAGUUCUCGGCCAGGCCUCCUUCAUGCCCGUUCUUGUACUAGCAGCAAGAAUAUGUCCACAAGGAAUGGAAGCAACUCUGUUCGCAACUCUAAUGUCAAUAUCUAAUGGUGGAAGUGUCCUCGGAGGUCUGAUUGGUGCAGGUCUAACCCAAGUCUUUGGUGUGACCAGGGACAAAUUUGACAACUUGGCAGCUCUGAUAAUUCUUUGCAAUCUCAGCUCCUUGUUGCCUUUACCACUACUUGGUCUUCUGCCCAAAGACGAGCCCGAUGUGAAGGAGAAAUCUAAUACAGAUAUCGAGAUGAAGUCUAACUGAAUUUCUUCGCCCUUUUUGAACUUCAGCUUCCAUUAAUCUCAGAUUAUGCUUUUGCCUUUUGCUGCAGUUUUAGAUCUUAGAGACAACCAAAGGAGAGAACCAGAGAACAUAUAGUUAUGCAAGUGUAAAUAUCCGAAAAGAUUACAUUAUAAUCGAAAUGAUUACUAACUUGUGGGGAUACUGAAGUACAGCUUUCAUAGUCCUUCGGAAACAUUGCAUCUUUUGAAUGUUACCCACAUGGCAAAUACUUGCGUUUUAGUGGUAUUCUCACCUAAAAUUAAUAUAUUACUAUUGAACAUGA